GAACGAAGCGUUUGCCUUCUACUGCUAUGCACACUGCAAGUCUGCAGGCGCUUCUAUCCUAAAGGCUAAAACCCUCCUAAAAUGUUGCCUCCACCGUCUCUUCAUCUCCCGCACCACUAGCGCAACCGCCGCGCCGCCGCCGCCGCCGCGACCACACCUGCCGUUGACCUCUAACGGCGAACAAAUGAGUUUUACGGUCACUACGCUACUUACUUCUUCUGCUCCUUGCAUCCCUCCCUCAUUCAUUUCCCCAAAUUACACUAACAACAGACUCCGCACCAGGAAAUUCAUAGUCAAAUCCUCUGCAAAACGUAACGAAUCGCGAAAUUUCUUUCGUGCUGGGAUAAAAUUUCCCCAUUUUCAAAAUCCAGAAGCUUCAUCGGUUGACAUAAAAGGCAGAGAUUCACCAAGCACGUCUAGUUAUAAUAAUAAUGACGAAAGUCUGCUCAAUUCUAUUACGAAGCCCAUUGCGUGUGCGCUGUUCUGCAUUGCUCUCGGAUUUUUCCCGAUUACCGGGUUUCGUGUUCCGGCGGCUAUUGCCGCCCCUCCGGUGAAAACCUGGCUAUUUCGGUCCAGACAGAAGGUUGAGAAAGAGGUUAAAGGUCAUAAGUACUCGCGCUACACUGAGAGAUUGCUAGAUGCUGUUCCAAUGUUGCUCAGAGGGGUGCAGGCGGUGAAGUCGGGUAGAAUGAGCGUAGGCGUUCUCGAGAAUAGGCUUGAUUAUGUGAUAGACCUGAGGGAGAGGCUGCAACAGGAGAUUAUGGAUAAAUUAUAUGCAAACACCAGGGAUUUUAAAGAAGAGAGAGGAGUGUUGCUCCAGCAGACGGAGGAGAUUCUCAAGUCUGUGUUGAAAGCAAAGAUGGAGGAAGAAAGUUUGUUGAGGAACGCUCAAGGGAAUGAUGUUGCAGUAAAGCGGGAACUUGAAGAGGUUCAAGAAAAAAUCAACAGGAAUGUGGAGGAGUAUAACAGGGCAUGGGAGAGAAUUGACCAGAUUGAUGAUGAGAUUACUCAGAGAGAAGCAGUAGCACUGAACAUUGGUGUGAGAGAGCUCUUGUCCAUUCAGCAGGAAUGUGUAACUUUGGUUGGGAAUUUUUUAGAGAGAAUUAAGAUGCCAAGGAACGAAAGUAUGCCUGUCAGCCCUCUCACCAAGCUUUCCAGAUCUGAGAUAAAGGAAACACUCCAAAAUUCACAAAUACAGUUAUUGAAAGAGACAGUUUUACCUAAUGUUUUGGAAAAUGAAGAUAUUGGAUUUGAUGAAGAGACAGUUGCUUUUGCUCAACGUAUAAAACAAGCUCUUCAGGUAUCCCAUGAGAUGCAAAGGAAUCUUGAAUCUGAUAUAAGGAAAAAAUUGAAAAGAUAUGGUGAUGAAAAAAAGCUUGUUGUAAAUACACCUAUAGAUGAAGUUGUCAAGGGCUUCCCAGAAAUUGAGUUAAAGUGGAUGUUUGGAAAGAAAGAAGUUGUUGUUCCAAAAGCAGUUUCCACUCACUUAUAUCAUGGCUGGAAGAAAUGGCGCGAGGAGGUUAAAGGAGACCUCAAAAGAAAUUUGCUGGAAAAUGCUGACUUUGGUCAAAAGUAUGUUGCUGAAAGGCAGGAACGGAUUCUUCUAGAUCGGGAUAGGGUGGUGUCAAAGACAUGGUACAAUGAAGAAAAAGAUAGGUGGGAGAUGGAUCCAAUAGCUGUUCCUUAUGCUGUCUCCAGGAAGCUUAUUGAGAGUGCUAGAAUCAGGCAUGAUUGGGCUAUCAUGUUCAUUAAUCUGAAGGGGGAUGACAAAGAAUAUUAUGUUGAUAUUAAGGAAUUUGAUUUGAUUUUUGAAGAAUUUGGAGGGUUUGACGGCUUGUAUUUGAGAAUGCUUUCUUCUAAAAUUCCAACUGUUGUUCAGCUGAUGUGGAUUCCUUUCUUAGAGCUGAAGAUUCAUCAACAGUUUCUCUUGAUAGCGAAUCUUUGUAAUCAAUGUUUAGCAGGACUCUGGAAUUCUCCUAUUGUUUCAUAUCGAAGGGACUGGUUGUGGACAAAAGUUGGAAAUAUAACUGAAGAUAUAAUGAUGAUGAUUGUUUUUCCGGUUCUGGACAAUGUUAUCCCUUAUCGGUUAAGAAUGCAACUUGGUAUGGCUUGGCCUGAGAGAGCAGAAGACUCUGCAUCCUCUUCGUGGUACUUGAAGUGCCAAGCUAUUGCAGAAAGAAGGUUUACUGAAAGGAAGACGGAUGGAUUUUGGUGGUAUAUUUGGUUUUUAACUAGAGCUGCAAUAUUUGGGUAUGUGUUGUAUUAUGUGGCUUGGUUUAUGACAAGGAAAAUUCCAAGAAUUCUUGGUUUUGGGCCUUUGCGGAGAGAUCCAAACUUCAAGAAAUUGAGGAGAGUGAAAGCUUAUUUCAAGUACAGAACUGGGAAAAUAAAAAGGAAGAAGAGAGCUGGUAUUGAUCCAAUUAGCACUGCUUUUGAUCAAAUGAAGAGGAUAAAGAAUCCACCUAUAAGGUUAAAAGACUUUGCUAGUAUUGAAUCUAUGAAAGAAGAAAUUUAUGAAGUGGUGGCAUUCCUACAAAAUCCACGUGCCUUUCAAGAAAUGGGAGCCCGUGCUCCUCGGGGUGUUCUUAUCGUGGGUGAGAGGGGAACUGGGAAGACUUCCCUUGCAAUGGCGAUAGCUGCAGAAUCUAAGGUUCCUGUUGUUGAAAUUAAAGCUCAACAGUUGGAGGGUGAUUUAUGGGUUGGUCAGAGUGCAUCAAAUGUUAGAGAGCUAUUUCAAACAGCACGUGAUCUGGCUCCUGUCAUUAUAUUUGUGGAGGAUUUUGACCUCUUUGCUGGUGUCAGAGGCAAAUUUAUUCAUACCAAAAAACAAGAUCAUGAAGCUUUUAUUAAUCAACUUUUGGUGGAACUUGAUGGCUUUGAGAAGCAAGAUGGUGUAGUCUUAAUGGCUACUACAAGAAAUCUUAGUCAAAUUGAUGAAGCAUUGCAGCGCCCUGGCAGGAUGGAUAGAGUUUUCCAUCUUCAAAGGCCAACUCAAGUGGAAAGGGAAAACAUUCUAAAGAUUGCUGCAAGAGAAACCAUGGAUGAGGAAUUCAUUGAUUCUGUGGAUUGGAGAAAGGUUGCUGAGAAAACAGCUCUUUUACGCCCAAUAGAACUAAAGCUUGUUCCUGUGGCCUUGGAAGGUAGUGCCUUCAGGAGUAAAUUCCUUGACUUGGAAGAACUUAUGAGCUACUGCAGCUGGUUUGCUACCUUCAGUGGCCUUGUCCCCAACUGGGUGAGGAAAACAAGAAUUAUGAAGAAAUUUAGCAAAAUUCUUAUUAAUCAUCUUGGACUUACACUGACAAAAGAGGAUUUGGAUAAUGUGGUUGACCUAAUGGAACCAUAUGGUCAGAUAAGCAAUGGGAUAGAAUUUCUAAAUCCUCCUCUUGAUUGGACUAGGGAAACGAAGUUUCCUCAUGCUGUUUGGGCUGCAGGUCGCAGCUUGAUUGCACUGCUUCUACCCAACUUUGAUGUUGUUGAUAAUCUGUGGCUUGAACCUUUUUCUUGGGAGGGCAUUGGGUGCACAAAGAUCACUAAGGCUCGGAAUGAAGGUUCUAUCAAUGGGAAUGUUGAAUCAAGAUCGUAUCUUGAAAAGAAACUUGUAUUUUGCUUUGGAUCUUAUGUUUCUGCCCAGCUGCUGCUUCCAUUUGGGGAGGAUAAUGUUCUUUCUUCAUCAGAGUUGAAACAGGCUCAGGAGAUAUCUACUCGGAUGGUGAUCCAGUAUGGUUGGGGGCCUGAUGAUAGCCCUACAAUUUACCACCAUGGCAAUGCGGAGACUGCUUUGAGUAUGGGAAACAAUCAUGAAUAUGAGAUUGCUGCAAAAGUUGAAAAGAUGUACUACCUGGCUUAUGAAAAGGCAAAAACAAUGCUUCAAAAUAACCGUAGGGUACUUGAGACAAUUGUUGAAGAAUUGCUUGAAUAUGAAAUCUUAACUGGGAAGGAUUUAGAAAGGAUAUUUGCUCAGAAUGGCGGGAUAAGAGAGAAGGAACCUUUCUUCCUUUCACGCACACACAACGACGAGCCUCUUCUUGUAAAUUUUCUCGAAGAAAAUGGAAACGCAUCAGCAACUGCAUUUCUAACCGUAGCAAAUUAAAUCGAGGAAGAAGUGUAUAGUAUUAUAGAGCAAUUGUGGACGAAUAAUAUUGGGCAAUUGAGGAGAGCAAUUGAAGUUAACACCACGACUUCAGAUAUAUUACCUGGGUGUCAUUAAUAUAGGCUAUCGUGUUUUGUAUCUUCACAGUAUGUUCACUCCCUCUUGUUUUUAUUGUUAGAUUAAGCUUUCAUCGUUCCCAGAAUGCAGGACAGUGCAGAUAGAAAAUGUGCCUUUUGGUGUCUGGAUGAGAAGAGGACUCCAUUUUUCCUUCUCAACUGGAUGUGCUGUAUCAAGUAUUUGUGUAAAUUAAAGGAAAACCUACAGAUUUAGGAAACUGCAUUUGUUUCUUAUUCAUUUAAACUAACUGAUUGAUUAUUUUUUUUUUUGAAUCCUACUAACUUUAUUA